CGUCCAAGCAUGCUAAGUGGUCAAUGCCGAGUCGCUACGCGCCUAUGCUGUCGGAGAUCCGCAUUCAACGCUGCUAAACUAUCUUCGUCUCCGAGACUAUCCUCUCACGGGCCUAACGCACCUCUGGAGCUUGAUCCUUCCUUACAAGACUUGCUGCGAGAUGCGGACAUGGCAUUGCUCAAGCACAAACCCUCGGAACCGGCUAAAAAUGGGUCUUCUUCCGCAAAAGAACUGGAGAUUCUUGAGUUUGACGAGUCAUCUACCGAACGAACGGAAGACGGAGAAAAUGACAUAGUAACUCCAAAGGAAAGAAAAUCUGCUAGGGCUGCAUUUGGGAGCAGAGGUAUUGGCUCUGUUUUCCUGCCCAUGGAGCUCCGAGAAGCUAUCGAAAAGGUCAUCGGCGGGGGCGACAAGCCGCGGCUCCAUGAAGAUGCAAAGCGUCUAUUCCGCGAAGACGGAGAUAAUGGCGGCGACUUAUGGCAUACAAACUAUCAAACGGACUACAAGUCUUGGAAACAGACACAACGCCAUGAAGAGAGAGACGGUACUGCUUUUGCAUCAGUCGCAUUACCAGCGCAUUACUCUGCUGUUUACGCCGUUUUCGACCACAUUAAACACAGACUGGGAGAUGAUUGGAAGGUACGGAACAUAAUAGAUUGGGGUUCUGGAGUUGGUAGUGGGCUAUGGGCUAGUAUGCAUGCAUUUCAGGAAGGUUCAGAAGAGCAAGACGGGAACACUGCUCUUGAACCAUCACUAUCCCGGUCAAUUAUAACGUCAUACCUAGGUUUUGAAAAGCGCAAGGGGCUCUCCAACAUGGCUAAGAGACUUAUCGAAGAUUCUAAUGUGGGCUCGGCCAGUGUCCGGUGGCACAAGGCAUACAGUAAGGACGAGCAAAUUCAACGUUCCGAAGGAGGCGAUGUUUUGGCUCUUUCCGCCUUCCAUCUCUCUUCGCUUCCGACUCCCGCAGCUAGGAAAGAGAUGGUAAAACAAAUGUGGUCCAGUGGAGCGGAGGUAAUUGUUCUUAUCGACCAUGAUACCUCUACUGGGUUCACAAGCAUCAUUGAAGCAAGAGACCAGCUCUUGCGCAUGGGAAAACGAGAAUUGCAAGACUCCGAGAUCCAAGGCGAUCCGAUGACUGGAUGUCAUGUCGUUGCACCGUGCCCCCAUGAUGGCGCCUGUCCGUUGUUUAACUCCGGGAAGCCCAGUCUAAAGUGUACGUUUUCACAACGUUUGCAAAGACCGGCAUUUUUGCGCAAGACGAAGCACGUAAGAGCGGGACAUGAGGACAUGGGAUACAGUUAUGUUGUCAUUCGACGAGGGCAGAGACCGUCAAAACCUCGGAUCGGGGAAACAAGUGACACUUCUGGACAGAACAUUGCCACUGAUGCAGAAUCCGCAUCGAGCAUUCGCCUUGAAGCUUACGACUGGCCGCGAAUGGUAUUCCCACCCCUUAAACGGAGCGGACAUGUCAUCAUCGAUGGCUGCACCGCUGAAGGCAAGAUAAUGAGAAUGACCAUCCCUCGGUCUCAAGGAAAACAACCGUAUUACGACGCCCGCAAGUCUUCGUGGGGUGAUAUUUUCCCUCACAAACCAAAGAAUCCCCCUCAAAUACGUUAUGAACCUAAUGACAGUACAACAGAUCCGUCCUCAUUGCCUGGGUCGGACAUUGGAAAACGGCGAGUAAAGGAGAAGAAACAGGACCCUACGAGCUACGAAAAAAUUUACGCCGAUUUGAGGGAAAUCCAAAAAAGUAGACAAAAAAUGUGGGAUAGGCUUUUCGUUGCUAUUGAGGAGGAAGUUUAGAGUAGCUUUCUAAACACUGUACCUCAUUGUAUUGACAACUGACUUUACGACUUCAAGUGCUUUUGACCGGUAAUCACACCACUCCAUCUACAUUAAUCAUUAAUAGCAUUUGAAGACCUAGC